GGAACUCCCCCUGGGCGGUGUAUUGCGUAAUAAUCGCAGGUUAUAAACAGAGACAUGAAGCGCUCCUGAACACUAUAACCUGCUGCUACAGCGGCUUUUCGCUGAACUUUACCCCUUCAGUGAUCUCCAGAAUCUCCUCGAGAUGUUUGGAGCGAAGCUGCUCGGGAAUUAGCGUGUCCAGGAGGAGGUUUGUGGUUUCAGUGAGACUCGUGAAGGUGAAAUGGCUCCCAGGAAGACGUACAUCAGUGUGGCUUACUCCUGCCUCGGGGUGCUGGUGGGAUUCUCCGCGUUCCUGGUGUGGAACAUCGUCUACACACAGCCCUGGACCUCCGCCAUGGGAGGAUUAUCAGGGGUGCUGGCACUCUGGAGUCUCGUCACACACAUCAUGUACCUUCAGGACUACUGGAGAACAUGGCUGAAGGGUCUGAAGUUCUUUCUGGUUGUGGGCGUGGUGUUCUCCAUGCUCUCCAUCAUCGCCUUCAUCUCCUUCCUGAGCGUUGCCAUUUCACGCAAAGAGUCACUGAAGGAUCCUCGGAGCUUGUACCUGUCGUGUGUGUGGAGCUUCAUGAGUCUGAAGUGGGCGUUCCUCCUGAGCCUGUACUCACGCCGAUAUCACAAAGAGUUCGCCGACAUCGCCAUCCUCAGCGACUUUUAACACACACACACACACACACACACACACACACACACACACCUCUAUCCAUUAACACACCUGUCUUACAUGCUGAACAUUCUAUUACACACUUCUAGCUUUCUUUGUUUUUAUUACUCUGUGAGGACUGAGGACGUGACGAGCGGUUGUCAUGGUGACUAAUAAGAUUUAAAGGGAAACUCUGUCGUGUUUUUUUAUAUAUAUAUAUAUAUAUAUAUAUAUAUAUAUAUAUAUAUAUAUAUAUAUAUAUAUAUAUAACCCCGCUCUUCACUAUACGUGGUGAGAUGUACGUGAUAACAGAAUGGAGGAGGAUUUUGUCACGUUUCCCUAUGCGUAUUUACAACAAACUGGUUUAUAACAGGGGUCGAGGGGCAGAAGAUGAACUCUGUGUAAAGAUCUUAAAUCUUAAAGGUCUUUUAUAAGAGCACAGAUCGCAGAGCCGUGACAGCAUGCUAAUGCUAGUUACCACGCUAAUGCUAGCUCCAACUAGUCCAGCUAGUCUUUAAACUUAAGCAUUAAACUUGUUCUCACUGAUGGCAUUUCUUUAAAACUCAAACACCUGCACACAGUUUUUAUUUUACUGUAUGUAUAAUAUAUUCUCAAGUUUCAAAUUCGUUUAAAUUAAAACAAAUGUUUUUUAUUAAAGUGGUGCAUAAAACAGAAAACAGCUCAGUUUCACAGACCACAGAGUCCUGAUAAUCUUCUACUUUUCCAAAAGGGUUCUGUAUUAAAGAAGGAUUCUUUCCAAAAUUAAUGUCACACACACACACACACACACACACACACUUCUUCCUUGCAUCUGCCACCAGACUUCGAUUAAGACCACUUCUUUUUGGCCUCACACACUCACAUGCGUGCACACACACACACUCACACUCACAUGCACAGUUCUUCAGGUGAGGAAAGGAGAAAGAAAACGGUGCAGUUUUCCUUUUAAUGCAGUUGUUAGUUUGUCAGUGUGUUUGUGUACCUGAAUAUCGCUGUGUGACGUCUGUAGAAUAGUUUCUGAGCCUCAUCUCUAAAUUAAGACCUUUUUUUUUUUAGGAAGGGCGGAGCUUCGUGAAAUCCUGUUCGAGUUCAAACGUUACACAUGGAGACGUUUUUUAAUUAAACGCGAUCGUUGGAAUAUAAAACGUGUGUGGUUUUACGGUAACCAUGGCGACGCUAGUGUGCGAUGUGGACGUUGAGAAAUUUAAAAUUUUAGGUUCAUUAGUUGAUCUGAAGUCAAUCUGGUAUGACAUCAUUGGUUCAAUUAAUUAAAAAUAUAUAUUUUUACACAAACUGUGUAUAUGAUGGAAACAUCUGUGUGUAAUAGACUACAACAGUUUCUGGACGGAUUAUAAAUCAAAGAUGGCCGUACCAUUUUAAUGGUAAUUGAAUGAGGUGGUUGUAGGAAACUUUCCUAAUGUCUACUAGCUAUCAAUAGCUAACGUAAUGAAAACAAUUGAGCCUGAGGAUUUAAAAUAUGGUGUAUAGACCGCGGUCAUGGUUUAUUUAGGCGUAGCCGUGCUGAGUUCGCCGAUUCAGACGCGUCACGUGGCGGCGUGUUGUGUAUCGGAUCGGAGUAAUCGAAAACGUCACACAACGAUCUGAGGAGCCUUGUGAAUCGUAAAUCUUCUGUAUGUUUUGUGUCCCAGAUCGUAAUUUGUAGAGUGUUUUUAACAGUAAACAUCGUCCCAGAGGAGCUUUACAGAAGAAUAGAUCACAAAUACACAGCUGGUCCUAUGAGUUUAUCUCUAAUGAGCGAGCGUAAGGUGAUGGUGAUGAAGGAAAAACUCAUAUGGAAGAAACCUUGAGAGGAACCAGACUCUAGAGGAACUCGUCCUCACCUAUACACUGAACAUUCAUAACCGUUCCAUCACUGUUGAGGUUUUCAGCUGUUUCACCAUUGCAUCACUAAACCGUUGUUGCGGACUGUUUCUAAUAAUUACAGUCCAGAUUCAUCUUCAUGGUUCCUGAGUUUACCCCCACAGUCUGCUAUUGAAGAGAACUCCAUCAUGGAGAUUCAGGGUUGUCUGGAGAAAAGACUGAGAACAGGAUCAUGAAGCAGAAUCUGUGUAGUUGCUUUGGGAGAAGGUCCACUGUUUAAAUCGCUGUACAAUCUGAAAAACCGCAUUAAUGAAACAGUGAAUAACAUCGUGAGAAAAAGUCUUGCUGGGGCGAGUAGUAAAGCGCCGCUGCAGCAUUUAGCCACGCCUCUGUUUUUAAUUCUGUAGAAAGAAAAUAUUUUGUCAUUGAAAUCCUGUGUAUGUAAAAGUGUGUGUUUGUAAACGUUUCUGCGUGUAAUAAAAUGUUUAUUCCA